AUGAAAUCCGAGUUACUGAUAUUGUCCGCGGGUGAUGUGCAGCACUUGAUACGUACCGCCCUCAAUCCUGGGGAGCUCGUGCAAUGCAUGUCCCAGAUGUUCGAGAUGGUGUCUGGUUCGGAGAUUGGCGAGGGAGUUACGGACGAACACGACCGAGUCCAGCAGCCUCCGCGCCUGACGACUUUAUCACCCGAACAUGCUACACUGUACAUGCCAUGCCGACUUCCUGAACCUAUAUUCGAGUCUUCCACGAUCCAUUCUGCAAUCAAGGUCGUUUCUGUGCCUCGUACUGGUGGUGGGGGCGGGAUCCCAGGGACAACACUUGUGUUGGAUGAGAAAACCGGUGCCGCCCGUGCAGUGACUCUCACUUCAGGUUCGGUUCUGGCUACUCGCCUGGUCGGCCCCAAAUCCCCCGCCCGACUCGUUCUUUUCGGCGCAGGUCUACAAAUCAAACACCACGCCCGUCUCUUUAUCCAAUCAUACCCGUCCAUCACGCAUUGUACAAUCAUCAAUCGCAGCCUCAACGACAGGUUCACCGAACUCCUUGCCGACUUGACCAUGGAAUUCCCAUCCCUCCGUCUCGACGGUCUCAUAUCGAGCGCCCAGAACAUCGAACCGGCCGUGCGAGACGGGGACGUGAUAUGCACCGCAACAUCGUCCACCCAGCCUCUCUUUGACUCUGCAUGGAUUAAACAAGGCGCGCAUGUGAAUCUUAUAGGCUCCUAUACGUCCACGAUGCGCGAAAGCGACCCGGGACUUAUCAAGCGUGCCGGCCGCCUUAUUCUCGUAGACGAAACCAAGUCCUGUCUCGUCGAGUCGGGAGAGCUCAUCGAUGCCAGUAUCACCGAGGAUGAACUGGUCGAGAUCGGCACGUUGGUUCGCGAGGGUUCCGAAGCGGCCAAGGCGAUCGAGAGAGUGAGGCAGGCGGGGGAUGUGACGGUGUUCAAGAGUGUGGGUGUGGGUGCUCAGGACGUUGGUGUUGCGGGCUUGAUGGUCGAGUUGGCAGAGAAGGAUGGGAGAGUGGGGACCAGGGUCGCGUAUGAUUAG